AUGACCUUCCCACUCCCCCUGAAGUCCCGCCUUCCCUCUGCUGUGAGGAGUUUGAUUCUACAGAAGAAACCAAACCUCAGAAACAUGUCCAGCAUGGCUAGGGGGCUCCAGCCAGCCAGUGUGGUGGCCCUGCCCAGGUCCCUUGCUCCGGCCUUUGAAAAGUUCUGCCAAGUCAACAGUGGCCCUCUGCCGCUGCUGGGCCAAAGUGAGCCAGGCAAGUGGACGUUGCCUGCCCUGGGUGCUGUCCCAGGUACCAGGACGGGCUGUCCCCAGUUCUGGAAGUAUGAGUUCGGCACCUGCACAGGCAGCCUGACCUCGCUGGAGGAGUCCUCGGGGCAGCUGAAGGACAUGAUGGCCUUCCUCCUGGGCAGCAGCUUCUCCCUGGAAGGGGCCUGGGAGAAGGGGGGACUCCCCAGAAGGGACUCAGCAGGCCACGGCCACAUGGGUGCAUACAAGACAGAGGUGCCUUGUGCCACCAUUGCUGGCUUUUGCUGCCCUCUGGUGGUCACAGUGAGGCCCGUUCCCAAGGACAAACUGGAACAGCUGGUGCAGGCCUGUUGCUCCGUGGGGGGCGAGCAUGGACAACCGGUUCACACUGGCGACCCAGAACUGUUGGGUAUCAAAGAUCUUUCCAAACCUGACCACGGGGAGCCUGUGGUGUGUCAGCCAGGGCACGUUCCAGUGUUCUGGCCUUCUCAGCUGACCAGUCUCGAAGCUGUCAGCGCCUGCAAGAUGCCACUGGCUUUCACCAGCGCACCGGCUUGCACAGUUAUGACUGACCUGAAGGGUACAGCGGCUCCGGCCAGAUGUCUCACCCCUGAGGGAAUGCCAGAGGUCCAUCACAUUUCCCAGGAUCCUUUGCACUGCAGCAUGGCGUCAGCUUCAGUCGCUCAGAGGGUCAGAGAACUGGAGAUGAUAAUUGCCAUCGACCCCGGCAGCCGAGGUCUCGGACACCUGCUCCGUCCAGGCAAGCUGCUGCGGGCCUUCCUGUCUCCGUCCCACACCCGCUCCGUGCUCCGCACCACCGGCUUCCCCACGCAUCUCAACCACGAGCCUCCGGAAGAGACGGACGGCCCGCCGGGAGCCGCGGCUCUGGCUGCCUUCCUGCAGGCCUGGGAGAAGGGGGUCUCCAUGGUCGUCGACCAGAGAGCCUUGAAUUUGUACAAGAAGCUUGUUGAUGAGGCUGUACAGCGAGGCCGGCAGUCUCUUCCAUCUGGCCACGCCCUGCUGGGUGUUUUUUGCUGCCCACUUUCCCAGAAGUCGCUCUGCCCUCCUGUUCACCUGACUGCCGGCUCCAUGCUGGACCUCAGCUCAGAACUGGGUCGUGCCCACACAGUGGCUUGGAAUUUGGAAUUCGCUGCGGGGGGUGGAACUGGAGAAGGGGGGUUGGGAGAGCCCCGGGAGGGGCGCUUCAGGAGCUCGGACAGUGAUCUGGCUCCUUGCCCUCAGCUCGCCCAUCGACCCACUGGGGGGGCCGCGACAGCUCCCAAAGGGCUUGCGGUGACAACAUGGGGAGGCUGGGGUGGGGAGCAGCUGUCUCGAGGCCUGGAUUUUGAACCAAGUUCUGUAGGAAAGAAGGAAACGAAGACGGAAGGGUCCUUCGCACAAACACAGGAAGGCAUGAGCCAGCCAGGCACCUGGCUCUCCAUAAGGACCCUGUGCCCUCACCCCGGCAGGUUUGACCAUCUGGUGGCAAUCGAGCGCACGGGAGGGGCUGCCGAUGGCGAUUACUACAACGCAAGGAAGAGGAACAUCAAGCACUUGGUGGACCCCAUCGAUGGUCUUUUCCUUGCAGUGCAGAAGAGUUCUGGAAUUUCAACAACUGCGGUCGGUGACGGAGGCAAUGAGCUUGGGAUGGGCAAAGUCAAGGAGGCCGUGAAGAGGCACAUACGAAAUGGGGACGUCAUUGCCUGUGACGUGGAGACUGACUUUGCGGUCAUCAUCGCUGGCGUUUCUAACUGGGGAGGUUAUGCCUUGGCCUGUGCUCUGUACAUCCUGAACUCAUGUGAGGUCCACAGACGUUAUCUGAGGAAGGCAGUUGGGCCCUUCAGAGCACCUGGAGAACAGAACUGGACUCAGGCCCUCCCAUCCAUCACUAAGGAAGAAAAUAUGUUGGGCAUCCUGGUGCAGCAUGGAGUCCGGAGCGCAGUCUCGGGCACCCUAGGCAUGGAGGUGGACGGGCUGCCCUUCCAUGGCACUCACGCCCAGAUGAUCCAGAAACUGGUAGACGUCACCAUGGCGCAAGGGUGACCAUGCAAAUUACAGGCAUGGGGGGUGCGUACUAGACGGGAUCUAGGGAGGAGUUCCCUGAGGGCCCCGGCUUUCUUCUACAACAGCCUUGCAAAUAAACACUGGCCCUGGGUGAGCAACGUGCUCCACACUGGCCUGGGUCAGGCAUGCCCACCUCCUGGGUCGGGGUUGGGGGCAGCGGGUAAUGCAGGUGAUGUGGACCAAGUAAAACAGUCCUCUGGGGUCCCCAGUUUUGGCUUUUAUUCCUAAGUGCCAGGAGGCAUUGAUUUCAACCUCCUCACCCUGGCUUCUUCAGGUUACCCACGCAGUCUGCUCUGAGAGUCUUCUGAGCAAUCACUAACGGGGACGCCAGUAAGCAAUGAAUUUCCAGGCAGACACAGAGGGUCCUGAAUAACCCCCCAGGCUAAUUAAGAAACAGCAAAAUGUACAAAUGUGUAGUGUAUAUUACGAAGCUCUGGGGCUUCACUAAAGGUUUACUCAUCACCACCACCAACAAAAUAUUUAUACCUUCGAAAUGCUCUCUUUUACAAACAACAUCCUGUUUAUUUAGGCAAAAGAUUUAUCUCCACCCAUCACUUCCCCUGUGCCCCUCCCCCUCCCUUACCCCCUUACAUCCUGAUCCCCCGCCACAGAGCCUGACACCUCUCCCACCUCCUUCCCAUCUGCUCACCCCCCACUCCAGAGCCAGACUCUGCCCUCCUUGCAUAGAAGGGCAGCCACAUUCCCGGAGCCCGGGGGUGGGUCAGGACCUUCCAGGGCUUAGAUCACUCACAGAGUCCUCUUGGACAACUCAUCGGUUUGCCCUUAUCUCCUUCACAACUUCCCACUGUACAUUCCCUGACAAAAUCCGAAGCAGAAUCCCUGACCACGUCCCGUUACAUUCACGUACUGAACCAGUACAGUAUCUUGUGCUGGAUCAUCUAGAUGGGGUAAUGGAAGCAGCUUGUGGCAGGAAAGAGCUUUUGUCUCAUCACUUUAGCAAAAUUAUAUUGUAACUAACUUAAACCAGGCACCCCCUUGCUCUACUCAUCUCUGGCCCAAGCACACCUUUCAAAUCUUUUGCUCACACAAUACCAUGCCUAAGAUGUUGGUUCUUUCUGUAGAUCAAAGAAGUAAAAAUGAAGAAUAAUUAACAGAUGACCAGAUCUCUUCUCUAGCUUCCCCUUCAGUGAUCUCAAGAACAAGCUAUGUGAACGAGGUAGCAGCUAAAGAAAGAUGACAAGGAGUCAGCGAGCCUUUCACGCAGUGGGAGAUGUCAAUGAGUUUGAUCCCCUAUCUCAAUGAUUACCUGAGAUGACUUUCCCUUUUCCCUUUAAAAACUUUCAAGGCCAAGCAGAAUCUUUGGUGCUGGUUUUGGGGACACUAGUCCACCUUCUCCCCAGAUUGCAGGCUUUCUGAUUAAAAGCAACGUUUUCCAUUUCUACCAACACUUGUCUCUCGAGUAUUGAUUUUUGAGCAGUGAGCAGCUGGACCUGAGUUCAGAAAUAGUAGUCCAUGGGCUUCCCUGGUGGUGCAGUGGUUUCCGAUGCAGGGGACGCGGGUUCGUGCCCCGGUCCAGAAAGAUCCCACAUGCCACGGAGCGGCUGGGCCCAUGAGCCACGGCCGCUGAGCCUGCGAGUCCGGAGCCUGUGCUCCGCAAUGGGAGAGGCGGCAACAGUGAAAGGCCUGCAUACUGCAAAAA